AUGUUUGACUACCUCAUCGUACCCAAAGAAGCACUCCCAUUGUUCACCCUCCCCAUGGAUCCUAACUUAGAGCUCUAUAAAAGCCUGUUGGGUCUUGAUCCUCUUGAGCGCCAUGAACGUCUACUCCAUCUUCCUCGAUCUGAGCGUUCCAGGGUCGCGAGUAUUGUUGAGCGCGAAAAGCUGAAUCAGAGGCUACAAGAGGAGUUAGCUGGCAGGGACCUUGUUGAGAUGGCGCUGAGCAACCCCUCCGAGUUUCAUGGUAGUGUCCUCUUGCAAAACGCGCUCCUUGGAAGAACUUCUUAUAUACCGGAUGAGACGAAAAUGGUAAAACGCAUCAUGGGCGCACAUAUAUAUAAUGGAGAGGGUUUAUUUGAAGCGAUUGCCAACUUUGACCGGGCUUCUUACUUCGCCAUACCAAUCGAUGCGUGGAAGCUAGUCUACUGCGACUUGUACUAUAUCGAUAGGGAUAAUAGUUGUUCGCUGCAAGAACUUUAUGAGAGCCGUCUCCGGGAAGAACAGCUUGAAACCCCUGCGGCGCGAGCUAGAGAGGAUAUACGCAAUGAUGUGGUCAAGCUGGCACGCAGGAACGCGAAAUGGAUGCUCUCAGAAAUUGAUCGACUUUCAGAUGAGGAAAAAGCACAGCCACUCGAGGAUCUUGAGAAAACGGUUCGUGCUACCUGGAAACGAGCGUCACAUACGCCUCCAGCUUGGAUACAGGAUAUUUUUCGGGCUCAGCAGCCCUGGGGAUUCGUGUACUACAAGACGAAAGAGGUCAAACAUCCACACGGGCGUAAGUGGAGUUCACUCUUGGAUAUGGUCAACAACACCUCGCAGCCGUCCUUAGCCAGGGACGUCAGACGAGCAACCUACUUCGGUAUCCAUUGCCAGGGAAAACGGGAUGACCUGAUGACCCUCCAAACUGAGGUGUGGGCUCCUGUAACUUCGAAGGGAGGCUUGGAUGAGGAUCGUGGCUUCCGACGACACUUCCAAGAAUAUAGGCAGUCUUUAUCAUCGCCGGGUAUUCUGCCCAACACCUUCAUUGUGAUCCCCAAUGAAUUGGCUCCCGAAUCUGGAAAUGAGGAGCUUGAUCCGUAUUGGGUUUGGGCAUAUGAUGCAGAUUGGGACAACUCUACCGAAGAGACCGUCUGUAGUAACGGCGAAAAGUAUUACGGCCGAGUUAAAGUAGCUGUCUACUCCAUUAACGCAUGGUUCUAUGCUGCGCGGUGGGAGGGCGUUAGCUUGCGAGACAUGUGGCUUAAGGCACAAAUGCAUGAGGAUAAGCUAUGGAUCUGCUAUUCGAAGGAGAUGGAGGAUUGGGAUCAUGAGCCGUAUGUAUGA